AACCGGAGCUACCAUUGCGAAAUAGAGCGGAUGAGACAGAAUUACAGAAUCGAUCAAACACCGAUGUUGUCAGCGGUUGUGAAGCCCUUACCAUCGCUGUUUCGCCUCCCUCCCCUAUCGUCUUCUUCUCUCUCACUCUACUUUCGCGUCUCCCCCUCUCCUCGUCUCCUGUUCUCCCGCCGUAGCUACAGUCGCCAUGCGUUUCUCGGUGACCACCACCUCUCCUGCUCCAUGCCUAACAAGCCUCUUCGUGUGGCCGUCCUCCUCAGCGGCGGCGUCGAUAGCAGCGUCGCCCUCCGCCUCCUCCACGCCGCUGGACACUCCUGUACAGCUUUCUAUCUCAAAAUCUGGUUCCAGGAAGGCUUUGAGAAUUUCUGGAACCAGUGUCCCUGGGAAGACGAUUUGAAAUAUGCAAAGCAUGUUUGUGAGCAGGUUGAUGUGCCUUUGGAGGUUGUGCAUUUAACAGAUGAGUACUGGGAAAGAGUUGUUUCAUACAUUAUAGAGGAGUACCGUUGUGGACGCACACCUAAUCCGGAUGUUCUAUGCAACACUAGAAUUAAGUUUGGUGCAUUCAUGGAUGCAAUCAGUGGUAUGGAAUAUGACUACAUUGCUUCAGGCCAUUAUGCUAAAGUUGUCCAUCCUCCUGCUGAUCAAACUGAUUCAUCAUCUGUUCUGGAACUAUCACAAGACAUGGUGAAAGAUCAAACCUACUUCCUCUCACAUCUCUCUCAAACUCAGCUUAAGCGACUGCUAUUCCCACUCGGCUGCGUAAAGAAGGAAGAAGUUCGCAAACUUGCCACAGAAUUUGAUUUGCCAAAUAAAGAUAGAAAGGAUUCACAAGGAAUAUGUUUCCUUGGGAAGAUAAAGUUCAGUGAUUUCGUUGGAAGACACAUAGGAGAGAUGGAAGGGAUUAUACUGGAAGCUGAAACUGGAGUUUUUCUCGGUAACCAUCGGGGGUUUUGGUUUUACACAAUUGGACAACGCCAAGGCUUGCGUUUACCCGGUGGACCCUGGUAUGUUGUUGAGAAGGACACCAAGAACAAUGUCGUGUUUGUCUCUAGAAACUACUACUCGAUGGACAAGAGAAGGCGGGUUUUCCGUGUUGGCUCUUUAAGAUGGCUUAGCGGGAAACCUUCAGGCAAUGUUAACCAGCUCCGUUGCAAGGUCCGGCAUGGGCCUGGCUUCUACAGCUGCAGCUUUGAAAUGGAAGGAGAUGUUGCGGUUGUACAUCUAGAUGAAGACGACCAAGGUUUAGCUGCUGGACAGUUUGCAGCCUUCUAUGAAGGAACCACUUGCAUUGGCUCAGGCGUGAUCUUGGAGUCAUGGGAUGAUCAGUGUUUCCCUGUCUGUGCAAAAGCCCUUGAACUCGCGGCUUUGGAAGACAAAACCAAACUCGGGAAACCUGUUAAAAUCAAGACGAUGCCAGUUACAACAUCUGCUGAGGCUGAGUUAGUAGUGUAGUAGUAUUAGUCUGGAGAAGCUACUUGAAGAGUUGGAAAGAAAAAAACAUAGAUCAGGGGAUAAUUAAUACUAUUUUAAGAAAAAAACAUACCUAUCGAAAUGAUAAGAGUAGCAUACAUAAUCUAUGGUAAUUUAUUCUUGUUUCUGUUUAAGAGAUUACAUGCGCACAUGUCUCCAUGUGUUUGUCAACUAAGAGAGAGAGAGAGAGAAACGCUUAAAGGGCUAAAAAUAACGCUUGAAAAACGCUCUUGCAUCCAAAAAACUUACAAUGAAUGAUGUUCU